UCGCGAGCGUAACGCGUACAGCGCGUUUCUUUUCCGCUCCGAGGGCGCGAAGCGGUUUCCGUUCUUGCACGGAUUCCUGCGUUCCGCGAGUGUUAACGGGAGUUCCCGGGAGUCGCGCUCUUCCCGCUGGACUCACGUGGGCGAUUCACGCGGUGUUUCGCGGCCCGAUCCCCUUUCCAUUUAUCGAAGUAACGCGUUAGCGCGCAUCACGGUAAAGUCGGUAUUUCUGUAUAGUUCUCAGUGCGAGUUAGUUUGGAUUUCUCUGUGCUAUAAAUACCGAGAGGAAUGAUAUUUAUAAUGUUUAAUCGUGAUAAUGGAAUUAAACGCCAACAUGCGCCGCGCAGAAUACAUUUCCGCGUAUCUAUAAAAUUUGAAACCGUAUCGAAAAAUUUUCGUUGUCAUUAGUUUUAUCUUCGAUUUAUUCGGUAUACGAAUAACUGUUGCUCGCGAGGCUCAUUUCUAAUUCCGAAUACGUAGUUGCUAAUAUUGCGACCCAUUUCGCGCUUUCCUUUGCGAACAUGGAACCCCGUCGACGUGUUGAUAUCGGCACCUCUCCGGACCGAGCAGCGCAAGGAUCAAGCCUGAUGUCCGUAUGGUCGACCAGCACCGGGCGCAAUUCACUGUUUGGCGCGGAGAGCGGCGGAGCGGUGCUCCCCACUUCGCACUUGCCGACCCACGUACACGUGGCGCACGAACACCUGCGCAACGCUGACGGCCACUGCUUUCACAAGCCGUUCCACGAUUACUGUCAGUCGACGAUGUCGCAAGCGGGGGAUGGUCUUCACACGCCGAGCUACUUGUCUUGGAGGAAACUGCAGCUGAGCCGCGCGAAGCUCAAGGCGUCCAGUAAAACGUCGGCCUUGCUCUCCGGUUUCGCUAUGGUCGCCAUGGUGGAGGUACAGCUGAAUGCCGACACAUGCGUUCCACCGGAGAUGCUGAUCGCCUUCGCCGUGUGCACGACCUUGCUCGUCGCCGUACACAUGCUGGCGCUGAUGAUAUCCACGUGUAUACUGCCGAACAUCGAGGCCGUCUGCAAUCUCCAUAGCAUAAGCCUUGUGCACGAGUCACCGCACGAGCGUCUACACUGGUACAUCGAGAUCGCGUGGGCAUUCUCCACUUUGCUGGGCCUCCUUCUGUUCCUGUUGGAGAUCGCGAUACUCUGCUGGGUGAAGUUCUAUGACAUCUCGAAGGUUGCCGCCUGGUCGGCCUGCAUAGUGCUGAUACCGGUGCUGAUAAUAUUUCUCGCCUUUGCGAUACACUUCUAUCGAAGUCUGGUCGCGCAUAAGUACGAGGUCACGGUGUCCGGCAUACGGGAGCUCGAGUUACUCAAGGAGCAGAUCGAGUCCACGGACGUGGAGGGUAGAAACGGCGUGAAUCUCUUGCAGACCCCGGUAACGCAUAUCGUUUGAAUCGGUCUUCGGAAUUUUCCCUGCCGCCGGAAUUGGACUCGUGAAUCGAGCGC